GUUUCUGCUCAGGCUGCUUCUUGCCCCUGCCUGAGAAGAGAGGAGCAUAGCUUUCCUGGGGUGUGCUAUUUGAGCAAGAAAGUAAUCUAACACUAAAUGCAGGCGGGGUCAGAGUGAUGUAACAGGAAGCUCUGAUGUUUCCCUUCUGCUGCUGAUCACUUACAAUCUGACAACACUUCCAAUUCUACUCAGAACAAGCCCUCUCUCCACAGUAGAGCUGUGCAACCUCUUCCAUUAAGAUCACCAGGCUCUGAUAACUGGAUUACACACAGCCUGCAGGAUCAAAUUGCAAGUCUUUUGCUGUUCCCCCACCUUGCCUGAGGGGGAGAAUCUCUUCUGCAGAAUCUCAGAAAAAUCAAAUUGCAUCCAAGACUAUUUUACCAAAAAAUUCCUCAGGAACUGGGCUGGGUCAUGACUAUUGGUUUAAAAUAAAUCUUCAAGACAGCUUCAAGCAGACCUUGAGGGAAAAUAUGGUUUGAGCCUGGAGACAACUGUGUUAGCUCAAUCUUUAUAUUAAGAGUAGCAAAAUAAAUAUUGCUGAUAGAAGAGAAAGGAAAAAAAAAGAUUUCUCAUUUGGACGAUUACCAGCAUUAGAAGACAAGGACCUCCAGUGGAAGGAUCUAAUUUUACAUGACAUUUUUUAGUCAAUUUUAAUGAUGGAACAAAGGUGGAUCCUGGUGUUUCUAAUUCUCUUGACUAUUUUUAAGCCUUUGGUCAUGGCUGAACCAGAAGGAGGACAGAAUUUUUCUGGGGAACCAACUCAGUUGGGUGUUACUCGAAACAAGAUUAUGACAGCCCAGUAUGAAUGCUACCAAAAAAUCAUGCAAGAACCCAUUCCUAAGACAGAAGGACCUUACUGCAACAGGACCUGGGAUGGUUGGCUGUGUUGGAAUGAUGUUGCUGCAGGGACUGAAUCAAUGCAACACUGUCCUGACUAUUUUCAGGAUUUUGACCCUUCUGAAAAAGUUACAAAAAUAUGUGACCCAAAUGGAAACUGGUUUAAACACCCAGAGAGUAACAGGACCUGGACAAAUUAUACCCGGUGUAAUAUCCAUACCCACUUGAAAGUACAGACAGCAUUGAAUUUAUUUUAUCUUACCAUCAUUGGACAUGGAUUAUCUAUUGCAUCACUGCUGAUCUCUCUUGGAAUAUUCUUUUAUUUCAAGAGUUUGAGCUGCCAACGGAUCACUCUGCACAAAAAUCUGUUCUUCUCUUUUGUUUGCAAUUCUAUUGUCACAAUCAUCUGGCUAACUGCUGUGGCCAACAACCAGGCAUUAGUUGCAACCAAUCCUGUGAGUUGUAAAAUAUCCCAGUUUAUUCACCUUUAUCUGUUGGGAUGCAAUUAUUUUUGGAUGCUUUGUGAAGGCAUUUAUCUACAUACACUCAUUGUAGUGGCUGUGUUUGCAGAGAAGCAGCACUUGCUCUGGUAUUAUCUUCUUGGCUGGGGAUUCCCACUGAUACCUGCCUGUUUACAUGCUAUUGCACGAAGUUUAUACUAUAAUGACAACUGCUGGAUCAGUUCUGAUACCCAUCUCCUGUACAUCAUCCAUGGUCCAAUUUGUGCAGCUUUAUUGGUGAACCUCUUCUUCCUGUUGAACAUUGUGCGUGUACUCAUCACCAAGUUAAAAGUUACUCACCAAGCAGAGUCAAAUCUAUACAUGAAAGCAGUGAGAGCAACCCUCAUACUUGUACCACUGCUUGGAAUUGAAUUUGUGCUAAUUCCUUGGAGACCAGGAGGACUAAUUGCUGAAGAAAUAUAUGACUAUAUUAUGCACAUCCUCAUGCAUUACCAGGGUCUUUUGGUCUCCACAAUUUUCUGCUUUUUUAAUGGUGAGGUUCAAGCAGUUUUGAGAAGACAUUGGAAUCAAUAUAGAAUCCAGUUUGGGAGCAGCUUUUCCAAUUCAGAUGCCCUUCGCACAGCUUCUUAUACCGUGUCCUCCAUCAGUGAUGUACAUGGCUACACUAAUGACAUUGGUAGUGAACAAUUGAAUGGAAAAAGCUUCCAUGACAUGGAAAAUGUGGUUCUUAAAACAGAAAAUUUCUAUGCUUGAUUACAGAGGAAUUACAAACUUUAUUAUCAUUUUUGCACCCUUAUUACUGAAGGAAUUGUAUUCAUGACUCUAUGGCCAGAAGAUUUCUAGCUAACAGGGACUUAGUUCCCUUUAGUAACACAAAAAUAGCCCAUAAGUACAUUAGCAUACGUUGGUAAGAGUACAUACACGCACAUAAAUCUUGAUUCUACUCUUCAGGUCUGAGAGACUGUUCACCAUGUAUGUAUCCUCCCUGUCACGGAGGGUGGAAGAGCCUCUCUGGUGCAUCAGUUUGAUGCAUCAGCAAACAGUCUGAUCCCUUCCCACAACUGCACAAUGGUCAGAAGAGGAGCUAGUACUCAUGCUGCCAAUAACUCUCACCCUAGAAAUAUCAACAGAGCAGAACUACUAUGCUCACUUGCUGACUCACCCCAGCCCUGCUCUGGACCUGCACAGGACUGACAAUGUGCAUAGGAUGGGGCUGCAGAGAAUUUAUUGCAGAAUAUAUGACUUGAUCAUAGACCAGGUUUUCUCCCUCACAACCUAGGUUGAGUGAGUCAGGUCAAUAGAGAGUAUAUGUAAAUAGAAACUUUUCCUCUCGAGUUUCUACUAUGUGGACAGUCAUCAGUGCAUUCUGUAUGAUGAAAUUUGAUGAAGGAUUUCUUCUUUUCUCUCGAGCCUGUACAAAGCCCUUGUUGUGAAAGUUAUAACAUGUUUUCAAGAACCUAGCUUGUAAAUAAUUUUAAUGCAUUUUUGUCCAUGAACUUAGAUGGCUUGAUGGUAUAUGUCAGUUGAUUUCUAAUGCAAGAAGUGCCAUGAUUGAUUAUGCUAAGAUAAGAGUCUGGAAUACCUAUACCAGGCCAACUCAUUUGGGAAUAUUUUAGAAACACAACUAGAUGCCAGCAUCAGAAAUUUGAUAAUGAGGGAAAGAAAAAAAUCAGUGCAAGAUGAAAAUAUUCUUCACAAAUUAAAACUGCAAUCAUGUGGAAAACCUUAGAAUGAGGUUGGCAUAUUUGGGGGAAUAUUGACAUUUUCUUUCAGAAGUUAUGCUUAAGUAAUGGAUGUUCUAUAUAUGUUUGUUCUCUUUUGAUUACAAAUUUAUAUACUAACUCUGAAAAGUGAGGGGAAAAUGAAGAAUUUUAGGUUUGUUAAAUGCUACCUUACUAAGGAAAUUUAUACAUUUAUGAAUUUCACAUUCAGGGACCACAUCAUUCUAAUGAAGUUGGUUAUAUGGAAAAAAUACAAAGUUUUAAAAAGCAUUCCACCUAAAAAAUGAAUAAUACAAUUUGGGUACCUUUUAAAAUGCUUUGUUUUCUGAGCUAACAUAAUAUGUUGGAUAGAAUAUAGUUUGUAUAAAAGUACAACACAUCAAAAAAUUGUAUAUAUUAUUAGGGAACUAGAGUUCACAGAAAAUCUACUACAGUAAUAAGAUGAAGUGAAAGAACUAUCCCAAAAAUGAUACACCUCCUAUGUAACAGAACAUUGGUUUCACUAAAGCAAACUUCUGGUUCAACUUCAGAGGAACAAAAAUUCCUCUUCUUCAGUACACCUUACUGGUAAACAUCUGUUUGAACAAGAAUCAUUUUGUGUGAUUGAGAAGUAUACAAAGCUGUUAAAUGUGAUAGCAUAUGACUAAAUGUUUGGCUAUGAUGGUGCUUACCAGUAUUCAUAAUCUCUUAGUCUUCAGGAGUUUCUGAAUAUAGAAGGAUUUUUGUUAUAAUUAUUAUUGUUGUUUUUAAAUGCUCUAGGAAAAUUUUCUGGUCAGUGAAAAUGAAAAAAGUUAGCUAAAUGAACUGGCUAGUAAAUAUAUGAAUUAUAAAUUAUCCAGAUGUUGUGACUAUGCUAAUACCAAGUUAUAUGGACUUAACAGUGAAUAUUAGAUAAAUGAAGAUAGGCUGUUCUGACCUUCCAACUGGUUAAAGUGCAUUAAAAUGGUCUUCUGUAUUUGUUUAGCUCAUUUGUGUUCAAAGCCUUUUCUCCAGAAGCAGAUUCAAAUUCUGGAACUGCCAUGUUGAUUUUUAAAAUGUAUUUUAGUGUCAGAUCUAUUUAUGUGUACUACCUACCAUAACAGAACUUAAAAUGACUACGGAAAAUGUUCUAUUUUCAAAGAGUAUUCUAUUCUAAAUACAGCAUUAUGAGAGCAGCUUAUUAAUUAUUGAUCUUUUAUCAGUAUGCUUAAAUCAGAACCUCAUGCUGAUUCACUAUAAGGCCAGUUUUUUUAUAAACAUUUUUGCAUCAUUUUCAUAUGUAAUCAAGCCAAUGAAGUUAGUUAUUUUUUGUGCACUUAUCUUCUUACAUGUUAUGUUUCUAAAUGUUAGACUUCUGUUUUGGCAGUUAAGAACUUUGUAUCUUAUUCAGUUAGAAUUGUAGAUGAAAGGUAAAAAAAAGGCUUUUAUUUUUUAUUUUUUCCCUCCCCCUGAAAAACUCCCCCCUCCACACAAAAAAGUUUGUGUAUCUAUACAGCACAUAUCCAAAUCAUAUAUAUGCACAUAUGUACAGACACAUAUGUGUGCAUACAUAUAUGUACAUAUACCUAUAUGUAUAUAUCAUACAUAUGAUAUGGAUAAGGCAUUGCUAUUUUUACACAACUAUCUAGUAAAACAGUACAAAAGAUAAUUCCCUCUACCCAAAUUAAUGAUGUGGUUUUAUUUUUAAGAAUUAAUUUGCCAGUAUUUUAUUUCAUUAAAUAUUUUUGCUGGACCUUAGCAUUCAUUCAAAUACAAACUAUGUACAUAGAAUUAAUAGUAAUUAUAGCAUUGUAUUUAUUGCUUAAAAUAAUGAAAAUGUGAACUUUCUUCCUAUUUUCACCAUCCUUAAUAAGAACCAUUAUUUCUUUCAACCAUUAAGAGUUGAGUUAUUCUGAACAAUAAAAGUUUUUAAAAAACA